CGACAUCUCUAUUCGCGAUCUGUUAUUUACAUUAUUUUCCUUCCAUAAUCAUCGCAUCAUCUCAAAGUUAGCCUUAUUUUUAGGAAAAGAAGAGUAUUCAAAGUAUUCGCAGCUAUCAAAGCAUUAUAUUGUGUCGCCUAAAUCUCUAGUCAACAGCGACAGAGUGAUCGAAGAGGAUUCAUAACUGCAUCAGCAAUGGUGAAUGUUAUGAAAGGUGUCCUCGUUGAAUGUGAUCCGGCUAUGAAACAAUUCCUGCUUCACUUGGAUGAAACCCAGUCACUUGGUCGCAAAUUUAUCAUACAAGAUUUGGACGAAAGGCAUCUGUUCAUUUCAACGGAUAUUAUCGAAACCCUUCAGGCUCGCGUGGAUGAUUUGAUGGAUCGAAUCAGUGUGUCACUGCACGAGAAAGAAGCAUAA